AUGGAUCUCCCCCAAAGAUGUUCCUUCAGCCAACCUGCCCUCGUAUUCUUCCUUUACUUCUUUGGCCUCCUGUCCUUCUCUACAUUCUUGUACUUGUGUGAAAAAAUGCCAUACCAGCAGUGGAGGAAUGCUUCAAGUGGUAUAUGGACAGUGAACUCCAUUGGCCGUUUGGGAAACCAGAUGGGGGAAUAUGCCACCCUCUAUGCCUUAGCCAAGAUGAAUGGACAUCAAGCCUACAUCUAUCCCGCCAUGCACCAGUACCUCUCACCAAUAUUCAAGAUCACCUUGCCUGUGAUCAAUGGUGAUUUGGCUGACGAAAUCCGCUGGAAUAAAAUUGGUCUACACGAUUGGAUGUCAGAGGAUUAUAAACAUAUCAAAGGCAAGUACGUCCGGCUGACGGGCUACCCGUGUUCUUACACCUUUUAUCACCAUAUCCGCCAAGAGAUACUUCAGCAGUUCUCCUUCCAUGACCACAUCAAGGAAGAAACCAAUCAAUAUCUUCAGGAGCUACGGGGGCAGCGCCAGGAGGUGACAUAUGUUGGCGUGCAUGUCCGCAGAGGGGAUUAUGUCUAUGUGAUGUCCAAGAUCUGGAAAGGUGUGGUGGCUGACAGGGGCUAUUUGGAGAAAGCCAUGAACUAUUUUAGAGAGAAGUACCCCAAUCCCAUCUUUGUGGUGACCAGCAAUGGGAUGAAGUGGUGCAAGAAAAACAUUAAUGCCUCCAGGGGGGAUGUUUAUUUUUCUGGGGAUGGGCGGGAGUCCUCUCCAGGGAGGGAUUUUGCUCUCCUUGCUCAUUGCAACCACACAAUAAUGACAAUUGGCACUUUUGGCUUCUGGGCCGGCUACCUGGCUGGUGGGGAGACCGUCUACUUGGCCAACUACACCCUCCCAGACUCUCCCUUCCUUAAGCACUUCAAGUCCUCGGCAGCGUUUUUGCCCGAAUGGAUUGGAAUCCCAGCGGACCUUUCCCCUCUGCUGUCCAAGAAACCAGCCAAGUCCAGAAGCCAGAAGCUUGAGCAGACAGUUGUUGAAUCAUGUCUAAUGUUACUGUUGGAGGGACUUGUCUGGACACUGAUUCCACAAAGCAUGUAUGUGAGAGUGGUCACCCGCACUCCGGACAGUGGGCUCAAAGACCUAGCUUUGUCAAACACAUUGAUUCCACCUCUUUUAGACCUCACUUUGCAGUAUGGUGAAGAGGUUGGGACAUAA